CGCGGAAGUGCUGCAGUUAGCACUGAAGUCACGUGAAGAGUUAUUUUCACAACGAUGCAUUUGUUGCGCAGUGCCAACUCGUUUUAGAAAAAUAAAGCGUGAAAAUCUGUGCCUGUGUGACAGUUAAAACGCAACAGAGGUGUUGAAAUGGAUGACGACGGAUUACCCAUUGUGGGAUCAGGAAUAGAUCUUACAAAGGUUCCGGCCAUUCAACAGAGAAAAAUCGUAGCUUUCCUCAACCAGUUCAUAGUCCACACCGUCAGGUUCCUGAACCGGUUUUCUACAGUUUGUGAGGAGAAACUAGCAACAGUAUCACUACGAAUCCAGCAGAUUGAAACCACACUAAGCAUUUUGGAAGCAAAGUUAGCCUCUAUUCCUGGUUUGGAAGAAGUGACAGUGGAUGGAGUGAGACAAACAUCUGCAGAGACAAACGGCCCUGCUGUGGAUGGCAGUCGUGCCACGGUUCCUCCUGUUGAGGCAUCUCAGCAAACACAAGUGGCCCCUCAAGAGCCGAAAGCAGAGGCCCCAGCGGAAAAUAUCAUGACUGUAGCCAAGGACCCACGAUAUGCCAGAUACCUGAAAAUGGUGCAAGUGGGUGUUCCAGUCAUGGCCAUUAAAAAUAAGAUGGUAAUGGAGGGUUUGGACCCCAGUUUGCUUGAUACCCCUGACGCACCUGUUCCUGAUGGUGCCAAAAAAGGGUUGGAAGAUCAAGAUGAUGACAGCUCAGGCAGCGAAUCAUCCUUCAGCGAUUGAUUGGCUCCGCCCCCCACAGCUAAUGAGCUUUGUGUUGGACUGGCCUGUGUAGGCUUUCAUGAAUCCUGCUCAUCUCAAAGCAGGGUAAAUGCACUUAAAUGUCCUUACGAAGGACAGACGUUUAGCGAUGGCACUAAAAUGGUUGUCCUACAUCUUGGAGACGGCAUACUUGACAUCUGUACUGGUGGUUUCUGAGGGCAGUUGCUCACUAGGUGAGAUCGCAGAUGAUUAUGAUUAUAAUUGAUCCAAGACUGUUUAAAUGCUACUCUCAUGUGAAUUGCCUUGAGUGUCUCAUUUCUUGCCAUGUACAUGUUAAAUGCCUUAUAUGUGCAUUUAAUAACAAUAAAAAACCCAGUGUUUUUAUGAAA